UUUCUGUUUCAGGGAACGUCAGAGUUGGAGAUGCAGCAACUGUAUGGUAUGGGGUUCUGCGGUCUGGGCUGUACGAGAUGGUCCUGCUGGUCCAAGAACUCUUUGCCACAAUUGCGGCCUAUUGUACGAACGUGACAAGGUCACCCCGGAAUGGUCAAGAGACUUGCAUCGCCACGAUGUACCAGUUGGUCGAUAGUCGCCAAAGCUGGCUGCCAACUAUCUCUAUUCCCCGGAAUUUCCAUCGCUGCGGCGUAAAUUUGUUCCUCAUAAACCAGGCCAAUCGAUCCAUCGAACUCAACAAUCGGUAUCCCUGGGGAUUCAUCCAUAGCGGCUAGAACUAUGAAGCUGUCCUUUUUCUUCCCAUAGCUACUACAUGAUCUUUGGGGGCAUAAGUCAUGUAUUUCUUCUUCUUUUCUCUACUAUCAUUCCCUUUCCUGAGUUUGGCACGAUAUCUCUCAUGAACCUUUUAAAGAGGCAGGACUCCGGCGCAUAUGAUUUUGACUUUUACUAUUUCCAGCUUAAUUACCCUUACCAGCAUUAGCUGCCGGCCCGUUGUCUGAAAAGUUGCCUUUUCUUGUGGAAUCGAGCAUCAUUUGGUCGGAUUUGUUUGAAAACCAUUUACUUCUAUAGCUGUAUUCUGCAAGAGAACCAUUUCACCUGGUUGGUGUUCAAUACCGGCACCUUGUUCACUUUCUGCUUGGGGCUAUGCUGGAGUCGUCUUGACAUAGUUUUCCUUGGUCUUUCAAGGCAGGUUAAUCUGACGCUGUUGCUGUAAUAUUCUGCGGAGCGCAUCAUGCUAUGAAAACUCAGCUACAGGUCUCGCCAUGGAUGACUUUCGGGCCAUUUGGACAGUUUCGGCAUAGAACAUGAUAGAAGGAAU